AUGCACCGUGGAGCUUGUGCUUCCAUGCUGGCCGCCUCCUGGCUCAGCGGCAGUCUGGUCGCCGUGCUGUACACUGCCAGUACUUUCUCUUUGUCCUUCUGUGGCCCCAACGACAUCCACCGCUUCUUCUGUGAAGCCCCCCAGUUGCUGAGGCUCACUUGUUCCACUAGCCAUAUCGCCGAACAUGUGAGUUUAGCCAUGGCCAUCUGCUUAACUUUACUCUGCUUCGUGCUCAUCAUCGUCUCAUAUGUGCGCAUCUUCCGGGCCGUGCUGAGAAUGCCGGCAGCCGAGGGCCGAGCCAAAGCUUUCUCCACAUGCCUGCCCCACCUCUUCGUCGUCACUCUUUUCAUCUCUUCUGGAUUCUUCGCCUACCUAAAGCCAGUAUCGGACACCCCCUCGGCACUGGACCUACUGGUGUCUGUGUUCUAUGCCGUGGUCCCCCGACCCUAA